UCCAAAAAUCGUCUUACUUAAGACCAGCUUGGCAUUACUAUUCGUUUUUACGUACCACUUCAUAGACAAUUAGGUGGCCAGAGAGUGAUUUGCAAUAUUUUUGUGCAGCAAAGAAUAUUCAAGAACCUUCGUGUCCAGCACACGACUGACAAAACCAGUAUAAAAGCCGAACCUGCUGCCGUGCGAUUGUAUACACAAAGAACGAGCGCGACGCAAUAGACGACAUAGACAAAAAUUGCAAAACAAGUAAUAGCAACUAAAAUUAUUUAAAACGCACAGUCGCUGUCUACAUUUUCUGAGUUACAAAUAAAAUAAAAAGAAAAGGAGUUCAAUAUGCCUGAACGAUUGCUAAAAAUCACAUACCACGAUGCACCUGCUAGUGCAUCGAAGAAGCUGAAUGCAUAUUUGCGAAUGCCAUCAAAUACUUUUGCUGUUUUGCGUCGUGAAAUUGAGAUGUACCUGUUCCAAGAGCGCGAACUGCCUGUAUGCAAUUUCAGGACAUAUUGGAUUGAUUCGGAUUCUGAUGAAAUUGAGGUCAUCAAUCAGAAUGACUAUGAAAUUUUCUUGGCUAAGUGCGAGAAGAAUAUGCAUUUGCAGAUUGCUGCCUGUCGCAUCGAGCAGGCAGAUGCCAAGGAGGCGCCAGCCUCGGGUCCAGCUGAAGAUGAUCCCACAAAUUUCAUUAUUCAUGAGGGAAUAGAGUGCGAUUCAUGCAAGGCUUGCCCACUGAUCGGCUUUCGCUACAAGUGCAUGCAGUGUCCCAACUUUGAUCUGUGCCAGGCCUGCGAGUCGGCACACAAGCACCCGGAGCAUUUGAUGGCGCGAAUGCCGACUAACAACGGACCGAGACUUAUUGAUGCCUGGAUAACUGGUCCCGGUACCAGCUCGCGCAUUCAUCGCCGCGCAAGCCGUCGCUGCCGUGAUGACCCAAUGAUGAUGAAUCCAUUCGCAUGGGCCUAUCCUCCGGCUGAUUUAACGGCAAAGGCAGCUCCAACUUGCGCAACUGCUCCGCCUUGCGCUACUGCUCCGAAUUCGCCCAAAGAGAGUCGUCGCGAGCGACGUCAUGCUCGUCGUCAUGGUGGCGUAUUUUCGAACAUCAUGGAAAUGAUGAUGAAUUUGCCAGAGGGCCACGUAAUGCCUACUAUGGGUGCCACGCCGGCUGCCGCCGCCGCCACAGCUCCGGAGGCCAGCAACAAGAAGGAGACCGCAGUACCAAAAGAGGAGCCAAAUGUAGCAACCGCUAGGAAGGAAGGGGCUGAAAAUGCUGAAAAAUCAACUGAGUCGAAUGAGAUCCCAGUAAAGGCAUCAGUUGAACCGGAGACAACUAAUGCAGAAGAACCCGUUGCUGCUCCUCGCAGUCCCAAGGAGCAGCCCAAAACGCAGGAAAUUCCAACUGUAAACAGCACACCAACAACCCCGGUAAUUAAUCUGGAGAGCCUUGCCCAGAUUGUUAAUCCGGAAUAUAUGCGUGCUGGUAUUGAAAUCUUGAACAACUUUAGCGAAAUGUUUGCUAAAAUGAUUGACCCCAGUGAAGCCGCUGCAUUUGGCUGUGCUGAUACCUCGAUGGCGUCCAGGGGCUCGACAGCUUCUGAAAAAUCCGAAGUUGGCGCAGAGACCGCACAGAACCCAGGCAAACAGGCAACACCAUCAACAUCAGCAACCGAGUCUCUUGAACGUCGUGAAUCCCAGACAUUGGCCAGCGAACCACCAACUGUUCCAAAAGCAACUGCUGUCCCAGAAGCACAGGCUGUGCCCGACCCGAAGCCAACUACAAAUGUAGAACCAGAAGCAAGGCGCAGUUCUGAUAGCUUAGACCAGGACUGGCAAAUGAUUGACAACAGUGCUUCGCCGAUGGCCAACGUUUCGAACUCGGACGCAUUGAUUAACUUGAGCUCGACCAACGCUGUCCCAACAGAUGCCACAGUUUCACCAGUUCGCGACUUUGUGCAACUGGGUGAAAUGCUGCGCCAGCACGUCAACGAGGAGCAACAACGCGAGCAGACAACUGCACACACACAAACAUCGCAGGUGAAUACGGUGAGCACCUCGACAUCAACUACAGGUGUGUCCACCAACAGCACCUCGACAUCGACAACUGGUAAUCCACCAGCACCCGAGGAGAAGCGCCAGGUGCCCAUAUACCAUACUGAUGAACGCAUUAAUGCCGCCGUACACGCAAUGAUGGCCAUGGGUUUUAGCAAUGAAGGAGCUUGGCUGACGCAGUUGCUGGAGUCGGUGGAGGGUAACAUACCUGCCGCAUUGGACAUAAUGCACACAUCGCAAAGUGGUCGCAAUUAAUUCCAUUUAAAAUUAUCAAUUUUAAUCAACGACAAGUUAUAAUUGUUUCGGGCUGAAUUUGUCAGUUUUUUUGGUUUAUUUCUGGUGAAUUGUUUUCAUUUAUUAUACCAAACGAAAGUUACGCGGAUAUAUAUAAUCUAUAGUAUAUGUAUGUAUGUGUAUAUGUGUAUGUGGCAACUAAUCAAAACUAUGUUAUUCAAUGGUAUCGUAUAUUAAACAAAUAA